GGGGGCUCUCGGGUGGUGUGAGGGAGUAGCUGACCCGGAGGAGGAUAGGUUGAAUUGGAAGAAAUGAGGCAAAACUGGGAAUUACCUGCAGCAGCCAAAUGCGUUUCUCACUGGUGUCCUUUUUUUUUUUUUUUGGCCGCAGGGUUUUUGGCUUCUGGGGGUCACUGUGGGUCAUCAGCAACCCGCUUCUGCUAUGCGAGUGCUGCUGUUCUUGAGUCUUCUCAGCAGUUCUUCCAAAAUACAUUGCACUCUCUCUGGUGUGGCUCAAUGCAGGUGGAAAGAAGCUUUCUAGGACCAUUUCUUCUUUUUUUUUUUUUCCCCAUAUCCCUUUUUAAAUUGCUCUUUGCUGUGAGCUGUAAGUAGUUCCUGCCCCGCUGAUGGCAGCCGCCAGCAGGGAGGGGAUUGCGAAGAGCGUGCUUUGCCCCGCCUGUAUUUCUGUGUCUCUUGUCUCAUGUCUUACACCUAGGCUGAAAGCUCCUUUGAGGAAGGAGGACACAGUAUGUGUUUUUACAUUGUCAGGGAACAGUGGCAUCUUUCAAUCAGGUACUUUGUAGUUGUGGUUAUGAACCGGGAGAGAGGUGAAAGUGCAAUUUAUGUUUGGUGCUCCGCAGUGCACAAGAGUUACUCGCCUGCAAGAGCAGUGGGAAACGAGUUACAGCCUGACCCUGGAGUUAGGUUUAACCCUGUACACAAGGAACAGCAGAAGAUCUAGGUCAUGGGACUGUCAGCAGGCUGAUGUAAAACUUUUAGCUGGAUGGAAACAAUGGAAAAGAACCAGUAGUAAAUCAUGGAAAAAAGUCCUCAAUGAGGUCAAGGAGUUGUCGUCUUACCUGAAGCUUUGGCGACAUGAUAUUCACAGCAUAGGAGGAAAAUUUGGUACUGGCAUCCAAUCCUACUUCUCUUUCCUGCGUUUUCUGGUCCUACUGAAUUUUAUAGUUUUUAUCCUGAUGUUCAGUUUUGUUACACUUCCCAGCAUCAUUUCUAAAUACGGAAUAUUCAACAGUACUUUUACUAAAAUUCUGCCAGAGAACAUAGAGCCUCACUGCACAGUUUAUAAACCCAGUGAUAAUAAGGGACUUGUUUACUUCUAUACUUACCUCAAAGAUUUGCUCAGUGGCACUGGGUUCCUUGAAGACACAAUUUUGUUUUAUGGCUAUUACACAAUAGAUGCUGCGUGGAUCAGUAUCCUGAGGUACAACUUGCCCCUAGCAUAUCUACUGGCUACAUUUGCCUACCUUGGAUUAAGUGUCCUCUGGAUAAUAAAAAGGUCUGUGGAAGGGUUUAAGCAGAGCUUGGUGCAUGAAGAAGAUCAGUUUCAGAGUUACUGUAACAAAGUCUUUGCAGGCUGGGACUUCUGUGUUACAGAUCCAUACGCAGCACGGCUAAAACAUAGCAGCUUGCAAUAUGAGCUCCAGACAGACUUGGAGGAAGAAAGACUGAAGCGAAAAAUAGCUGACAGGACAAUGAAAGACAAGCUACGCAUCUACUCUCUGAGAAUAUUUAUAAAUGUAAUUGUCAUUGCAGUUUUAUCAGCAUGUUUCUACUCUAUUUAUAGAGUAACUGUCUUCUCUCAAGAAAAUUCCAAUGACAUGAGCAAUGCUAACUUCCAGGCUAAUCUCUUAGUGCAGUAUUUGCCUUCCAUGGUGAUCACAUUGGCCAACUUCAUUGCUCCUCAGAUCUUCUCAUUUCUGAUCAGAUAUGAAGAUUAUUUACCAGCCUUUGAAAUCAGGCUGACACUCAUGAGGUGUGUCUUUGUGCGGUUGGCCAAUAUUGGUGUUCUCUUGUUCUCGCUGUGGAGUCAGAUUUCCUACUGUGCCACUGACAAGUGUAAGGCCUGUGGAUACAAUUACAAACUCUAUCCUUGCUGGGAAUCUGAAGUUGGGCAAGAAAUGUAUAAACUGAUGAUAUUUGAUUUUAUUAUAAUUGUUGCUGUGACCCUCUUUGUAGAUUUUCCUAGAAAGUUGUUAGUUACUCAUUGCUCUUGCAAGCCAGUUCAGUGGUGUGGAUUGCAGGAAUUUGGAAUUUCUGACAAUGUCCUGGGAAUCAUUUAUGGGCAGACUAUCUGCUGGAUUGGAACCUUCUUUUCACCACUUCUCCCUGCAAUAGCAACUAUAAAAUACUUCAUCAUCUUUUACAUUAAAAAGAUCAGUUUGAUACACACGUGUAAACCUGCAGCUAGGCCUAUCAGAGCAUCAAGUUCCAAUUUUUUCUUCUUGGUGGUACUGUUGAUUGGACUCGUCUUGGCUUUUAUUCCUUUGGGAAUCAGCAUAGCAUAUAUCCCCUCCUCCAAGGCAUGUGGACCAUUCAGGAGUUUUAACACUUCAUGGGCAGUUGUUCCAUAUACAAUACUUGGGUUUCCAAUGGGUCUGCAGCAGGUCCUUCAUGGCAUAGCAUCAGAAGCCUUUGCAGUGCCUUUUUUUAUGGUCAUCUGCCUCAUUAUGUUCUAUUUUAUUGCCUUGGCUGGAGCACACAAACGAGUGGUUGAGCAGCUGAGGGAACAACUGGUUAUGGAGAGUCGUGACAAGCUGUUCCUAAUCAGAAAGAUAACAGAAGCUCAGAGGUAUCCUUGAAAACCAUGAAAAGCCAGAAGAACUUGACUUCCUGAAACUCCCAGAACCACUAGAUAAGAGUUAGAAGCAUCUGCAGCACCUAGAAACUGAGCAGCUGACUGGCACCCUGGCACCGCAGUCUAUGUGAUGGACGCUUACGGUCUCAAUCUUGAUUAUGCUAGUGGGCCUUAAAGUUUCCAAGACUGGAGAUUUAGCUCAUUUAUACUGUGUUAGACCUGUCCAAAAAAUUCUAUGGUAGGACACUUUAUUGCUGCUACAAUUUCAGGAUUGUCUGGGUUUCUUAAGUCCCUGUUUUUUCAGGGGAGGUGGGUAAAAUUGAUCAGAACUGAAACUCUGCUUAAGAACUCUGGAUGUGAUCAGAACUGAAACUGUGUUUAAGAACUUCGUACUGUUUUUACAAAUUAUGCUUUAAGAAUCAGCAGGGCGGCAGGGGAGGAAGGUGUGGUUUCACAUGUUUCCAACUCGCUUCUCUUUUAAAACCAAAGAAAAAAGAGAUGUACAUCAGUAUUUUGAAAUAGUGCUUAGGAGAAGAAAAUAUGGCAUGGGUUUUAAAUCAGUUUUCUCAAUAUUUUUAGAUAAAAGACUUUGAUAUUUAUUUUGCUCUGAAAUAGCAAGUGCAGUUGAAUACUGGAUAACUUCGCAAAGUGUUUCAGAGAAAACAAGCUAAUAAAAGAGCUCUGAAUAAACACUGGAAGCAGGCAGAGACCACGGGUCUGGUCACCGAGCAGUGCAGGUCUGUCACAGGGAACGCCAUUGCUCAGGUACCAGCCUCACUGCUCUGGAGUAGCCUUUUUUUUUUUCCUUCUUUUUUUUCUUUUUUUUUUUCCCAGAUGUGUUAAGGCAUUAUUACUUGUGUUUUAUUCUUGUACAGUCAUCUUCACGACUGUUCUCAUUGUUCUAAAUGUGAAUAUUUGAGAGUUAAGUUAUAGUUUGGAAAUGCAGCAUUCAGGAACUUGUGCCAGUACCCUGUAAAUUCGUGUCCCUUCUUGCUUAAAUGGGAUGGUGGAGCUGCGUGACUGAGCGAACAGUGUUUCUAAGUAGAUUACUGUUUCUUUUAUUGAAAGAUUUGUGCUUAAGGAUUUUCUGUACAGAAUUGUGUUUAUUACUUGAAAUUUGGCAGUGGCACGCUGUUAGCGUGUGAGAGUCUGUUCUUUUUAUAUAAAUGUUUUGGUCUUCAUCGUAAAGAAACUAACAUUCAGUAA